CUUGUACAGUCCGAGAUGGAUCGUGGUGACCACAAGCGUUAUCAUGUUCAUGCUUUUGACUCAAGGCUUCUUCUGGAAACUUACUUUUCUGACAAGGAAGAAUUGGGAUUCAUAGAAGAUGCUUUGAGAUUCCCCAUGAUGAAGCUGCACUCCAUAUUUACACAAGGUCAUGUUAAAGGAGACAGUUUGAUUGACAUCAGCCUCGGCUCCGCCAUUCACCAUCUUUAUUCUGCCUGUGGAUUUUUCAAGGAGAUCACUUUACUGCGAGUCACUGAGACUUGUGUCAUGGAGCUGAAUAAAUGGCGGGACGCACGGACCGGAGCCUUUGACUGGAGCCACACAACAAACAUCCUGACCAGCAUCCUAGGGGACCUUGAAAAGAGUCUGGACCCAGAAACAAAGCUGAAGGCUGCUAUGAAGCCCAUCUUGAGAUGUGACCUUAAUAAAGAAAAUCUUAUAGAUCCCGAGAUUGUACCCCAAGCCGACUGCGUGAUCACUGGAUGUCUCCUAGAUGUCAUCAGUGAAGAUGAAAGUGACUAUAAGAGGAAUCUGAAGAAGAUUGUGAACCUGGUGAAGCCUGGAGGAUACCUGAUGUUAUUUGGGAUUUUAAAUACAACAUAUUUCAUGGUGGGGGAGGAGAAGUUCUAUGCCUUCAAGUAUAAUGAGAAGUUUGCGAGGGAAGCUCUUAUUGAUGAGGGUCUUUCUAUUGAUUAUUGUUAUGUCAAGGACAGGAAGGAGGACAGCAAGCUUGUCAAUCAUGAGGGGGUUAUAUUUAUACUUGCUCACAAAUGCAAAUAGAAGAGAUAGAAAUAAUGCUUAUGUGCCUUAGGGUAAGGUCACACGUAGCGCAUCCGCAUCGUAUUUGACGCUGUGGAUGCGCUACUGACCGCCCCUAGAGUCAGCCUCCUACUUUGCCACUGUGUCCUGGUUGGUCUGCUUGUAGCAGCAAUACGCCCCUAUGAGCAGAGAUUGAGCUGCGAGUCGCAUGUGCAUGUGCAGCGUACUCACAGACAUCGAAGCCUAGCAAAGGGAGGGAGUGCGCGACUUGCAGAUCAGUCUGUGUCUGCUUGUAGCGGUAUAUUGCUGCUACGAGCAGACAAACCAGGAUACACAGGCAAAGUAGAAGGCUGACACUAAGGGCAAAUCCUCAGCAUAAAAUAUGCUGCUGAUGCGCUACGCGUAACCUUACCCUAACAGUAAUUUCUUAAGGGUCAAUGUUGAUAAUGUUGUGAUAUUUGACCUCGAAGUUGCAGAACAGUUUUGCGUGUCACUUUGUAGUCCCGACCUGUUUUCAUUUGCAAUGAUUUGUCCCUCAGUAGCAAUUGCUUAUUUUUCCCUAAUGGUAUCUUUACUAAGUAUAUACUUUCUAUGGCAAGUAGUGGAGCAUAGAUCAGCCUUUAAGUAAAAAGUUUCCUCUAUUAGACAAGGCCAAGCUAAAGUAAGAGGUUUAAAGGAGUAUUCCAGAAAUUAAAUGGGCACUGUCAUUAAAACAAAUUUUUUGCUAUUGCUCUCAUUAUGGUAAUUAAAAAAUCUUUCUAAUGUACUUUUGUUUUAUUUAUGUUUAAAAAAGCUGCCACUAGGUGUCUCCCUACUUGUCCAGAGCACAUUUCAUCCCCAUCUCUUGCACAGACUUUGGACUCCUGCUGGUCUGGCACAAGUCCAAAAUCAGGAAAUGCAGUCUGGACUGCUGAGGAAGGUGUGUGCAGCCUUAACCAAUCAUAGCUCAUCUCACACUGAAUUGCUCUAGGCUGUGUGUGGCAGAAUGAGGGAUGAAGUUCUCCCCUGUAUGGCUUCAGAUGAGGUCACGCCUGCUGGGGAACGCCCCUUCCCGGUGUUUGAAUCUGACUGAGCAGAAAAUACAGAGCAAUAUCAAGGUAGAAC